AUGGAGAUCACGGAAGACUUGAUCAAGCGCCGGAGCAACCACUUUGAUGUCGCGUGUGUGCAGCGCCUCAACCUCGCCAAAGCUGGCCUUAGUACGAUCAGCAACCUCGCAGGCUGUUCGGCGCUCGUCGAGCUUAACUUGUCGCAAAACCAGAUUUCGAGCGUUCGGGGGCUUCCAUCGCUCUCGACUCUCCGCAGCCUCGACCUCUCCCAGAACGCCCUCUCGUCGAUCGAGCCAUUUCCGCUGCUGCCCGAACUCGAAGAGCUACGUCUUGACGGCAACCCGCUCACGCAUAAUGUGGACUGGACAGCCCUCCAAAAAAAAGUUCCGCAGCUGCGCCGCCUCUUUGUGCGAUCGCGUGCAGUCGCCAAAGGCAGUUUAAGCGCGGACAACGACGAGGCGUACCACGGGACACUCCAGCUAGCUUUCCCAAAGCUGGAAUUCCUCGACGGGGAGGCCCUCGCCCUACGUCACGUUGGUCGAGCUCACGUGUCUGCGCUGGACGCCCCCGAGAUCAGCAACCUAGAGAAGGAGCUUGCCGCCGCGAGCUGGGGACCGCUGGAUUGGACGAUCGAGCCGCACGACGCUGGCUUCAUCGACAAGUGCAAGAAGCCCCUUCGCGCGCUUCUCCACGAAUGUGAGAGCGAUCUCCACGGUGAGUCCAAGGAGCUGCUGGAAAAGAUGCAAGACCUCUUGAACGAAUAA